AUGCGGUCGCUGCUGUUACUUCAGUUAUUUUUGAGUAUCAUUGCAGUUCAGGGCAAUGACUGGAGUGAAGGACUUUCAAAGUUUCUGUCCAGGCCAGCAUAUGAAGAGCUACCAAAUUUCUAUGGAUCCCUUAGCGAGCCCUUUCAUAAACGGGUGAAGCGAGCGAUCUAUGCUACUCUCGGUUUCACAGGCCAAUGUGAACCGGGCUGGACUGGUCAAUACUGCGAAAAUCCUGUCUGCAGCAGUGCUGGCACUCUUCCUCAAAGUUCAGUCAACUACCAACUUGUUGAUCUCCUGAAUCUCCCAUCUGGAUGCACAGGAAAGUACUAUGUUCCGAUCGACGGGAUGACUCCAGUGCUGACCAUUGAGGUGAACGCUGCUGGUAGACCAUAUGUGAAUCUCACUGAUUUGAAUGGGAAUAUAAUGACGUGCGAUGGCAGUGUCAAUGACGGCUACACCCUUUGCCGUUACAUUGGCCUCGUUCCAGGACCAUACCAACUGACGGUGGACAACGGGGGUGUGCCAACAUCGAACUGUUUUGUUGAGAUCACCUCUUACACCGGUCUGUCAGUUGUCCAAAGGUUCACUCUUUCCCCACAAACCGAUGUCGCACCUUUCGCGGAAUCUGCCAUCGAGGGUCAACCCAUGUACUUUGUCAGUCAUGUUAAUAAUCUCACCAUGCCAGGAGAGGUUCGAUCGGUAACCAUUCGUACGGACACCUCUACUGUGCCCGUGUAUCGAUCACUAUUGACAAAACGUUUCUCUUGUGCAUAUGAGUACUACGCCGGGCAAUUCAUCUGCGACCGUAGGAAUCGAUAUGUUUAUCAUGUUGAUGGUCUAGAUGCGUUCGGAUACGCCUACAGAAGAUCUGGGACGUUUUCGUGUCUACAACCACUACCGACCACACCUAUUGUACCGACGGCACCACCGAACACCGUGAACUGUGCGAACGGUGGAAGCCCACUCUAUCAGGGUACUGUGAACGCGACAUGCUUCUGCCCAGAAUCAUUUCAAGGAAGAGAAUGUACAAUGGUGAACUGUAUGAAUGGUGGAACACCGCUGCCAGGAAAUCUACAAUGUCAGUGCCCUCCUGGCUUUCAGGGCACCAUCUGUGAAACUGUGAGUUGUGCAUUCAAUGAGGGCCCAUAUCUCACUGAUCUCAAGACCCUUAUCGUAGUAGAAAGCAAUGCUGCCUAUGAUUAUAAUGUCUACAAUAACUACGUGCUAGUGACAUUUGCCAAUGGAAAGUAUGACACGAUGUACUACCCGGAGAACCUGUUCCAAACAUUCCUCAACGAUAUCAUGUCUGCCAUCUAUACCACAACCAUCGGCGGUUGUGAUGAAGCGACGUUUGACCCGAUCGCUAGUGUCUUUAUAGAGCCAGUCAAUCCAAAAUCAGCUAUUUACGUCUUCACGGACGUUAUUGCUUCUGAUUCUGAUGGAUGGCGAAAAGUGGCUGAGUCUAACACUAGGAGAAAGCUUCCGAUCUUCAUGAACAUCCUGCCGAAUGAUAAUUGUACUGUGAAUCAGUUCUCGGAAGGUUAUCGAGCUCUACGCCGUGCUUCUGAAUUUAGUGGUGGUCUUGUUCAAACUCCAACGUUGACAUCUCUUGAGAAGAUCUUCCAAUUCACAAUGAAAUCGACAGCUUAUCGAAUGAAUGCCGUGUUAACGGACGAUCUAGGCCAAUGUGAUACUAAGGGCUACCGAGUCUUCUUUGCCGAUACUUCUACAGAAACGAUUAUCAUCGUUGGAGUUGGACAAGAUCUCGUGCUCUCGGUCACUGAUCCAAACUGGAAUCAGAAUUCUGCUUUGCUCGUCUACACAAUGGGCACAUCAUACUUCUGGGAGAUCACGAACGUGGUUCCUGGAGAGUAUCUUCUCUCCUUGAGCAGUCAAAAUGUGCAACAACCGUGCUCAUAUCGCGUAAUGGCCAUGUCCGACUAUGAUCUCUUCUUAGGUACUGCUAAUGCCAUUGAUGAGGAUGCAAGCGAUAGUGAACCCGUCAUUGGAAAGUCGAAGCACAUCGUUGCCCAAUUGAACGGCCUCGUGAACGCUGUUCAGGAUCCAUACAGGCUGUUCGCUGAGCUCACUAUUACCACUAACUUGAAUAACGAACAAAAAAUGGGCGAACCGAUGUUCUAUUCAAAUGACAUAAUAAAGAACAAGUUCCUUUAUGUUAAGGUCUAUGCUGACGAUAACAACGGUUACACCAUCCAGCGAACUACUACUGGAUACUGUUCAGAAACUGAAACAACCCCAUUGCCCCCGACGGCUUGUCAAAAUGGUGGGGUCAUGGAUCCCAACAAGAAUCAAACGUGUAUCUGUCCACCUAACUAUGCGGGAGAUCAUUGUGAGAAAGCUAUUUGUCAGAAUGGAGGUACAAGUCUCGGACCUUACUGCGCAUGUGUCCCUGGCACGGGUGGAACAUUUUGUGAAUUAUUUGCUUGUACUGACGUCAACACAAAGCCACAGAUCUCUUUCGACGGCCAGUCGAUGUCGUUCGUUCUCUCGGCUCGUCCAACCAUGCAGACCGCCGUAUCCUCCAUUGCUGCCGGCAUUACUGAUUUUGUCCGAGACGUGCAAGAUUCGUCAGCGAACUGGAUAGUCGCUUGGAAUCUGGUUGUUGUGGAUAGUAUCGGAGCUUCCAUGGUAUAUACUGGAACAAACCCGAAUGAUUUUGUGGCGAAUGUCAAGUCAGUAGCCGCUAAUCUCAGCAACUAUACAACUCCAGGAGCUACUAACUGCUCCGUGGCGAUCGAAUCUGGGCUACUUUUGGCAACCUAUUACUCAGAACCUCGCUCAUCGGUUUAUCUCUUCUCUGACUCCGAUGGGCCAGACACCGAUUCCUUCAUAACAUUAUACUCUCAUGCCACGGAAUACCAAAUAUCACUGAACUUGAUUGGUGUGGGUAAUACUAUUUGCACGGAUCCAGCCAAUAAUGGUCAGUUCCCGGAUUACCUCCAAAGUCUCGCUUCCAUGACUGCUGGUUUUGUCUACAUGACCUCACAUGUCGACAAGAUGCUUCCAUUCAUUUCGUCAUUCUACAAAUCUGGUAUGGCUUCUCGAGUUUAUUUCGACGACUGCUCAAAAGGAGUUACCUACUACGUCCCAAUCGAUUCGUCGACUGAAUCAUUCACUUUGGCUGUAAGUGGACGUAAUCUCACAAGCGUUGUUGUUACUCUACCAGAUGGUACACCUGGUUUGAACAACAUCCUCUCAGUUCCACUGAUUGAUGAUCCCGAACUCAAUAUCCAGCAGUUCGUUCAAGCUUGCGACGGUUAUCAAUGGAACUACAAGGACCAGUACUGCCUCAGAUUCCCACUGGAGAAGUUAACGUGGCUGAAGGCGAAUCAGUUCUGUCACAGCCUUGGAGGUUACAUGGCCGAUGUACACAACCAAGCCAAAGAUGACUAUAUUAAAGCCCAAACAAACAGUGCCGCUGCAUGGAUUGGCCUAAUCAGAAACAACAACGACUGGGUUUGGGACGUGCCAACCGGUAACAGCUAUCAGAAACUCGGUGACUAUACCAAUUGGGCUCCAGGAGUCGAUCCCAAUAACCCCUCAUUUAACUGUGUUAUCUCUGACAAAGAUGGAUAUUGGGUUCCUACCGAUUGCGACCAGCUGAACUUCCCCGUCUGCCAGAAACAGCGCUAUGGACAGGGCCUGACCCCAGGCAAUAACACGAAUAUGGUACCAGCUGGUUUGUGGAAGGUUCAGGUGCAGAGCAGCCAAGGGUCAUGUCAUGCUCAUGUUCGAGCGCAAUCAGAAAUUCAGGUGUUCUAUGGCUUCACACUUGCACCAGGCGACGACUAUCCAGAAUUAUAUGCCAAUUCGCUAUCCGAUGCCAAUUAUUUGGUUGCGGAUGCCGUCGGUCUCUCACCUUUCCACUACGACGUGCUUCCAUCGCUUGAAGGACGGUUGAACUACGCCAUACUUGGUUAUGACUACAAUAUGACGAUGCCUUUAGUCAUGCAGGACAGAUGGCAGUGUGGAUAUCCUCAGGUGUCAACGAAGUUCGCAUGUCCGCAAAAGGGAUCUGUUACUGACUUCUUUGUCAAGGGAACAACUGUAAGAACGGUUUCCCCUUCAAUGGCCAGUGCUACUGCAAUCCAGGUUAUGAAGGUCCAAACUAUCUGCACACAAAAGUACGAUGCUACAUUCACUGAUGUCGGACGUACAUUUGUAAUCAUGUUGGAAACCUCGUACAACAUGGGUGGUACGAUAUUCCAAAUGAAGAAGAACCUUAAAGCAGCUCUGGACAGCAUUCAGAAUGAUCCCACAACAUCUGGAUGGUUUUCAAAAUUCAUACUCUAUCCAUUUGACUCAACGGCCAACCAAGACUACUGGUAUCCACCUGUCAUUUCUGACAGCUCUGAUGCAAUUGUUAAUGCUGUGAACAAUAUUACUACAAUGUCGUGUCCUGGUCCCGAUGGAUGUUCACCGAGUUGUCCAAGGCCGAUCAUGGGUACACUGAAAAAGGUUCUAGCAAUGCCCGAACUAGUCAGUCCGAAUUCGGUUGUUCUCGUCGUAACACGUUCAUCACCUGAAGACUUCCCACUGAUUAACAGUAUGAUUCAAACGCUUAUUGAUACCAAAGUUCAGAUCAACUUUGUUUUGCCUGCAAUUACGUCACCUUGCGCUGAAGGUUGGAACACACCUGAAGCGAACGCCAUGUACACAGCUACUAGUUACAGUGAUGGCAACGUGUUUGUUAUGUCUCCAGUUGAUUUUGCUGUGAACUUCCUUCAAAAGUAUCUUCCAUCCUUGUACAGAUCAGCUGGUCUCGAGAACGGUGCCACCAUGGACUGCACCUACCAGGAAUACUUGUUCCAGGUUGAGCAUUCGUUGUACGAAUUCACAAUUGAAUACUAUCAUCCGAUUACCAAUCCACCAGUACUUAUCACGCUGACGGAUCCGGCAGGAGACUAUAUCCCACUACCUCCCAAUCUCAUCGCUAGUGACACUAACUAUCUUGGAAUAAUACAGGUCAAUGAUACUGGUGCUGUUAGAGCUGGUACCUACAGGUUAACCAUGUCUGGAGCAGGUGGCUCCUUCUGCAAUAUGAAUAUCAGAGGUCGAGGAGCAAUAGAGAUCUAUCCAGCUUAUGUGCGAACCUCAAGUGACUCCUAUGGAGGAGCCACGAAUGAUAACGCCCAUUAUGCUCCGGUCCUUGAUGAAAGCAAUACGAUAGUGGUCCAUGCUGAUGGGCUAGUCAAUGGAACACUUAGCUAUGUGCAAGUUGUGGCACCUGCUGGUGGUGGACUGCAACAUACUUCAGUACUACUCCCACGAGAUUCCAGUCAAUGCUCUUUCGAGUAUUAUGCCCCUGUGCCGUUUUUCUGCAGUUAUGAGCAGUACAUUAUCAUCAUCUACGGUAUAGACUCACAAGGAGCUACGUUCCGUCGGAAAUACCUCACGAACUGUGUAUCAACUCGUCCACCACCUAUCCCUCCCGUACCUACUUGUGAUUUGAGUGGGGUUACCCAAGACAUGCUGUUCAUUCUUGAUUCUUCUAAACAGAAUGCGGAUUCUGAAAGCGUUUUCAAGAGCGUACGCGACUUCGCUGUCAAGACACAGUUACCAUUCAGGUUCUCUACUGACUACGCGCAAGUAGCUGCCAUGACCCUGGCUGACACCGCCCAGGGCGGUUUCUCGUAUAAUGCACCUGAAAACUCCUUUGAUAACAUUCAAAUGCUUCUCUUGAACCUCACGUAUCUGGGCCGACCAGGACAAAAUGUGACAAGUGCUAUGCAACUCACAAUAAACUCUUACGGAAGCGCUAAUCAAGGCUAUCGCUCAUCGGCACGCCAUCUAAUGGUAUACGUCACUUACAGCAACCCGACAGAUGAUGAUCCAGCUGGUUUGUUGUACUCACUUCGAAGACAAGGGCUGUACCAAGUAGCGAUUGUCACAGUGAAUUCCACACCAAGUGACAAACUUCUUUCACUGGUGAGCGAGAGAUGCCUGUAUCAAGCAAAGAAUGUGGACGAUCUGAUGUCGAAUGGGGUGAACUUUGUCCAAGGACUCUCAUGCGCGAAAACCCCUCUAUGUGGCAACUAG